UGUACACCACUUAGUUAUGGCCAGUAUCUGUGUCAUCAUUAGCCCAGACAGAUACAGCAGCCAUCUUCUUUAUGUCCGCCAGUUUGUGUGAGUUUAAAGGGCCCCAAGACAGGUAGACGUUCAUUCCAGGAAGUACGGACAUGUGGCUAAAGGUGGUGCAGCAAGUGACUUUAACAUGGGUAGUCCUCGCGUCCACGGCAGGCUUUCAGAUGUAUCCAAACAACCAGGCUCGAGUGCCAUACUACAACAAUGACGUAUACAACCAAAGACCGACCUAUCGCCAAGCAAUGGCACCACGGUUGGUGCAGCCACAGAGCUUCAGUAUUAAUAGGACCCCAAACCAGAUGAAUGCCUACAGACCUGCGCAGAGGCCAACGAACCGGCAAGGUGGUGGACAGAAAUCUCCAGCUCAGCCAGGCCCUGUCAAAUCUAAAAAGCGAACUAAAACACCAAAGCCUAGAAUCUCCAGACGACAAAGGCAAUAUCAUGCAAUGAUGGCCAGGCGGAGAUUGGCAGAAAUGCAUUACCGGUUCCGGAUGCAAACCUGUGAUGCCAAGAUGUCGCUGUUUUGCCGCUGUUCUCGAGUGGACUGUCCAGAGACUGAAGUACAAGUGUUCGCUUGCGGCUACAUGUGGACGGGUAUGAGGUGCUGUAAACGAUGGUGGGCAAUGAGGUGUCUGAUGUCAGAGCUGAUGGCGGGACAAGGAGAUCAAAAUGGUGGUACCCAAGGUCAAGGACGAAUGUCUUUGCAAACGGCAAUGAUGGCGCCAAUGUUGAUGGAAGCCUUAGAAAUGUGACGACUUUUUCGUUGACCAGACCGAUUAUGCCUGGUGGUCAAUUAACCCGUAGAGCCUAACUGCUCAGGAGUGUGGUUUUGGAACGUCUGCGAUAGCUAGCGAUUCAAUUUGGAUACCUGUAGCUGACGUUACGAAAACAAAUCAAUGGAAAUAUUCAAACAUAGAAAUAAUAUGUUUUCCCGGUGCAAAUAAGUAUUAUUUAAUAAGAAUUUAUACAAAAAUAUUUGUAUGUAAAGUUUCAGUAUAAUUUUGAAAAGAAAUAUUAUGUCCAGUAACUAAAAUGCCUAUUGUUCACCUUUUGUAAUUGAAGUGUAUUAUAUAAUAUUUAUGUACAUUUGUAAUUGCAUAUAGGGUUCACAUAAGUUGGGCAUCAUGAUAUAUCAUAUGACGUCAAAGGUUUGUCUAUAUAUUGCUAGGUGUAUGAGAGUAAUAUGUUGCUACAUAUAGUGAACGGCUUACCCUUUAUCAGUAGGCAAUUAUAACGCAAUGUCUAACAUAUUACUGUCAGGAUUUUCAUCGGCAUAAUAUUGCAUUACGUAUAUCUGUUAUUAAUUAUCCAUAAAGCGGCCUGCGUAUUAUCACUUGAUAGUGAAAUAAUGGGAAAUCCUUUCAAUCUGUCGGACAUUUCUAUUCCCUGACACAAUAAGCUGUUGUGCUUGAACCAUAUUUUCAGAAGGUUUUAUUGUAACGUCUACGAAAACAUUCUUUAAUUAUCUAAAAUUAUAUAUAUUUAAGAAAAGUGUGUGAACAGAGAUAGAUUAUAGUAAUAGCCAAUAAUAAAGGACAGACAAGGUUUGUUUGUCAUGUACUAGUAUUUAUUUUGCUUAUUUUACUCUAUUUCGUUGACUCUUGCACAAACCGUAAGAAUGUAAGUAAUAAACAACGCCGAAGCGUUCCGAGUAGAUGCGUUUGAGUUAUUUCUAAUCCUUGAUAAGGAGGACUGUUCAAGCCGAUAGUGCAAGUGAAAAAGCUUCCAAUUGAGAUUUG